CACGCCAUCUCUACGAGGUAUCGAUAUAUCUGUCUAUCGGAUUCCUUCAUCAACCCAGAUGUUUGUUGAUCCACACGUGUGUUCGAAAGAUACUCGGUAACAAACAGUUUAAAAUGAAACAAAAACACUCGAAGAACAGGGCGAAACCCUACAAGAAACCAACGCCCGCCCGACGAAAUGAGAGAUUCUCGAAGAACUACAGUUUCAUCCAGAGGAGCAAGCAAAUGGAGGAGUCCCACCGCAGGGAACGGAUGCCCACAGCACCGAAACAGGAAUAUGAGCCCGUGGCAGAGCUGUUGCCGGAGAUCCAGGAUGAUGCGGACGAGACAGGGUUCUAUAAAAAGCUCGUAACUGGUUUCAACAACAUACCCCCAAGUGACAUUCUACACUCAAAAGCAGAGGAGGAAGAGGAUCGCGUUAUCGCCGUGCCCAGAAAGAUCAAACCCAAAAAGGAAAAACGUUCCGAGCAGCUAGGUGUCGACUUGGAAAUAUACAAUUCGUUUUCGAAACGCUUCGAUUUUGAGCUGUCUACGGAUAAUAUCAACGAUUUAAUUGCGAGAAAGGACGUUAGAACAAUCAAGAGCAACUGGUCCGCUCUGGGGAAUAUAAGCUUCGAUAUACCACGACUGACUGAGGACUUCAAGGAGCCCGACUGCAGCGAGCCCAAGGACAUUGCGAGCACGGGAGAUCUGCAAAAGUUGGAGGUGAAGGCGUCCAUUUGUGGAAACGCCAAACUGCCACUCACUGCCCUGCAGUCCCAGCUCUUCUACAUCGCCAAUAACUACCAAGAUAUAUACUAUCCCCACCGAACUCAUGGCAACGCCGAGGAUAUUCGCUAUGUAUACUGCAUGCACGCCCUAAACCACAUGCUGAAAGUCAGAUCUCUGAUAUUGCGCAACAACGAAAAGGUUUCGGCUCUGGCCAAGUCACAAAAAAUGUCGCCCAACGAAAUCUGUAUACCAGAGAGCUUCAGGGACCAAGGGCUCAAGCGGAUGAAGGUGGUUUUUGUAGUGCCCUUCAGGGAAUCGGCUCUGAGGAUUGUAAAUAUACUCGGAGAUCUACUCUUUGGCAGUCAAGAUGAUCAGGCCAGGAAAGCCUCUAUAGCGAACUAUGAACGCUUUCUGGGAGAUUACUCCGGGAAUACGAUUUACUUCCCCAAAACCAACCCAAAGCCAAUGGAUUAUGAGCAGACAUUCAGUGGCAACACGGAUGACAACUUCAAACUAGGUAUUCGUUUUACCAAGAAAACAAUGUCCCUAUUCUCCGAUAUGAACUCAUCGGACAUGUUGAUCGCGUCUCCCUUGGGACUGAGAAUGCUGGUGACGGACAAGGAGAGCGAUUUUGACUUUUUGAACUCCAUUGAACUGCUGAUAAUCGACCAAGCCGAAUUGUUCCUGGCGCAGAACUGGGAGAACCUGCUGCACUCCCUGGACCACCUGCACCUGCAGCCGCAGAAGCUGCCCGAUACGAAUUGCCAGAGGGUACGAACUUGGUGCCUGAGUGGAGCGUCAAGUUUCUACCGCCAAACCCUGUUCUUCUCGUCCCACGAGCUACCCGAGUUCCGUGCAGUGUUCAACAGCAAGUGCAACAACUACCAAGGAAAGGCGCGAGACGCGAACCUCGUCGAGCACGGAGACAUCCGGAACGUUCUGACCCCAAUACAUCAGGUUUUCCGCCUAAUCAGUUGCUCCAGUGUGGAGACGACCUUCGACGAUCGGUUCCAGUACUUCGUCAAGAAUAUUAUGCCCCAAUUCAGUAAGCCCGGGUUCUCGCACUGCAUGCUAUACGUGCCCAGCUACUUUGACUACGUGCGGAUACGCAACCAUUUCAAGACCGAAAUGGUCAGCUUUGUGCAGAUCAAUGAGUACACCAAGAAGGAAAAGAUUUCCCGGGCGAGAGAUAUAUUCUUCCACAGCGGCGCAUCUGUUCUGUUGUACUCGGAAAGAGCGCACUUCUUCCGGCGCACACGGAUUAAGGGCAUCCGGAACUUGAUCAUGUACCAGCCGCCCAACUUUCCGCACUUCUAUUCCGAGAUCAUCAAUCUGAUGCUGAAGUCAAAUCAAAAUCAUCGCGAUGGAUUCGAGGACGCAAUGUCCGUCAGUAUCCUGUACACAAAGUACGAUCUGCUAAGCUUAAGUAACAUUGUGGGAAGCGAGAAUGCUGCGAAAUUGACCUCGGGUCAAAAGGAUUCCUACCUUUUCUCCACCAAAACGUAAAUGCUUGCACGAGCUGACUUUGAAAUGUGUACAUAUUUAGUUGUCAACUAGAAUAUACUAAUGGUUAACGCAAGUAAAUAGUAAUGUAUGUGAUAA